AUGAAAUUAUUAUUGUUUGUGUUGUUCGUAUACACUUAUGCGACAAGUGCACAAUACAGAUAAGCGAUGGAGGAUGUAUGCAUUAAACUACUCUCUAGCUCAAUGAUGACAACUUUGGUCAAACCCUUCUUGAAACCAUUCAAAUGCACAUCUAAUCUGAUGAACCUGUAGGUAAUUUGAUCAACAUGUUAUAAAAUCUUCAAUCAUAAGUGGAGAAAGUGUAAUACAAAGCUGAUGAAUAACAUAAGAGAAUCACUACAAAUUGCAAUAUCAACCUAGAUUAAUUGAAUGACCAAAUCAAUAAUUAUAAAAUUAAAUCUGUUACUCUAAAAUCAUACAUUGACAAUCUAAACCCAAAUGUCAAAUAGAGUGUGGCUACAGUUGAAAGAAAACAAAAGGAAUUAGUAUUUUUACAAAUAAUACAGAUAGGAUGAUUAUAAGCAAGAAUUGAAAUAAGCAGCAGAAAAGAGAGAGAAAGAGCAUAACACCUACGCAACCAUCCUUGAUAACCUUGAAUAAGCCCUAUUUGGUUUCCAUCAAAUUAAAUUGGCAUUCAAUCAAUUUAUCGAUUCUGUACAAAAAGGAUAACGUAAAUUUGAGUCAUUUGUUGAAAUGAAAUAAGUCUUAAAAUAAGUUAAACACACUUACAAACUCGAAGGAUAUAAGCACAUUGUGUAGAUGCUCUAGUCUCUAUCCAAAUAGACAAGCGAAGAAGUAUUAGGUUUCAUAUAUAUUAGGAAGCUUUAAAAUUAGCAAUUCAAUUGAGUGCCAUUCUCAAAUAAAUUGAGUCAUACAUCCAGACUGAACGAACCAGGGAAGACCAAGCAGAAUUGGCAAGGGAAACAGCUUAUAAUGAUUACAAGGCUCAAAUUGCUGAUUUGUUCAAUGAAGCUUCUAAAUCUCUUACUGAAAUGACAGGUAUGAUUUGUGAAUAAAUGAGGGAUAUUGGAUAGUCAGUCUAAUGAAUUGAAGUUGAGUGAGAAUGAAAAGAAAGAGGCAGAUGUUAGAUUGCAAAAUAAAAUGAAAGAGUUUGAUAACAUUCAAGCAGAAUGCUCAAUAUUGGAUUAAGAAUAUUAAUAACAAAAUAGAUAGAGAAAUCAAUAAAGUAAAUUACUUGAUUAAGCAAUUCUAUUAACGACAACUUCAUUAGGACAAUUGAAGAGUGACUUAUUAAAACAUGCUGAAGUUUAUUGACAUAUACAAACCCAC